AUGAGUUGUAUCUGGUUCUGCUAUCAGGACUCAGCCACUGGAAAGGUGGAAACUGGAAGUCAGUAGUCAGUACUCAGUAUCGCCUAUCGAGCUUUUUCGAGUCUCUCGAGAAUGGAUAAUUUCAAACCGUCGACUACUGACUAUCAAGUCGGUCCGCGUUUUAGUCCGUUUUUUAUUCGUUAGACGUUUAGUUAUAGGCUAUAGCUUUGUCUAUUGAGAUUGUCCAACCAUAGAACAUUGUUUUUACAACCAACUGUUGUGAGGGAAAAACACUAAACCGUAAUCUUAAUAGUGUAUUACUAUAGUUCUUCAAUGGCAGAAUUACUACUUCUUUAAACAAUAUUUAAAUUGUUUUAUGAAAAAUUAUUCUAUUGUAUAUUUCUAUUGUAAGUUGUAGUAAAAUUCAUAACAAUGAGUGGUCAAGAAGAGGAUUAUCACUAUGACCGUACUAUGUUUUUCAAUGAAUUGUCACAAAGUAUUGAAAGAAACAAGUUAUCAACUAAUAUAUUAUUUAGUAAUUAUCUAAACGAUUUUAAAGACAUUGUUCAACACAAUGGAUUAGUUCAUGAAGAGAUGAAUAUUGUUUGUCAAUUAUUGUGUACUGUUAAUUUAAGUGUACAAAAUUUUAGACGAAUACUUUUAACACUAGUACCAGAAGAACCAUCAAUACCACAUGAUAUUUGUGAAGAACUUAUAGUUUGGGCUUUAUCAGUUUAUCGCCAAAAUGCUAAUGAUGCAACAAAAGCUCAAUGCAUAUUAUAUUGGUUACUUUACGUAGUUGAAGAAAAAUUAACUAAUAUGGACGUAGUUGAUAAAUAUUAUAAAGUUCUAUUUCAUCUUUGUAACUAUGAAGAUGUAAAUCAACCAGUUGCUGGUAUUAUCUAUUGUUUGACAAAAUCUGAUGAUGUUCAAAAGUGGAUGAUAACAUGUUUGAAGAAUAAUAUAGAGGGUUCAAAAUCUGAACCACAUCUGAACAAAUUACUAACUCUCUUUGAAAGCCCUAAUUCAAUGAACAAUACACGCCCAAAAGGACUUUUUGAUUGUAACAAUACAUUUUGUAAAGAACUUGCAUGCGGUUUGCGUAGUGUUCGAAAAGAAUUAAUGAAUAUACAUCCUCAAUCUACGCACACUCAGCAACUCAUAGAUUAUGAAAGAAAGUCCUCUGAUAAAUUGUAUAAUAAAAUUCAGUUUGUAAAUGUUAAUAACAAAUUUGAAUUUCCAAGUACUGAAGAAUUAGCAAAAUCAUUCAUGAAAGAAAGUUCUACUAAUAACAGCUUAAUACUUUUGGGUAAUGUGAGCGGCUGGUGUAAAUUACUUAUGAACAACGAUAAAGAAUUAAAUUUACAACAUAGAUUUUCAAAUAAUUUAUAUCAUAGUCUAGAUCAAAUAUUUUUAAGUAAUGAAGUUGCUGUUAAAUCAUUAAAAAAAACAAAAUUCUUACAAGAAGUUUUGGAAUUUCAAAAAUUUGCCCAUCGAGGUUUGACAGCAGUAAAUAUGUUUAUAUUUCAAUACAUAAUUUCAUGGGAUGGAAUGGAAAAUAGUCGAAUAAUUUAUGAACUUUUUGAAUACUUAUCAUUCACUUCAGAAGAAGAAUUAAAAAAUAGGUUUUUAGAAAAGUUAUAUGCUAUAUUUAUUACUGGAGAUGAAUUAAUUUAUAGAAUGGUAAUUAAUUCUUUGACUAAUCUUCUUUGUAAUUUGUAUUUUAAUUCUAAACAAACCAGAAAAAAUAAAAACUGUACAUUAUUUGGUGAAGAAUUAAGAGAAGAAACAGAAUUUGAAAUAGUAAAAUGUUUGACAAAAUAUAUAUCACAUUGGUGCUCAAUAUGUAUUUAUAAUUAUCCACAAGAAGAACAAUUAAAACAUACAGUUUAUACAUUUUUUGAAAAAGUAUCUAUUUUAGAAAAUUUGAAACCAUCUAUUUGGCCUAUUUGGACAAUUAUGCCACCAAAUGUUUUCUAUAACGGGUUGAUGUCAAUAAAUAUUUACUGGUUAGAUAGAUUGUCUAAACUUAUGUUGAGGCACAUUAUGGUAGAUACUGGCAGAAUUGAGGACAUAGCAGAUAAUCCAUCAAUUUUAAGACCGUUACAAUUGUUUGACUUUUACAUGGCAGAUUUUUAUAAUGCACUCUACACAGGAGAGUUAUUUGAUAAGCGCGAAGAAGGAUUUAUAUUUAAGAAUUUGAAUGAAGAGGAAGUUGAAAAAGAUUUUAAAAUAGUGAAUUUAAAUAUAUGUUUUCAAAUGGAAAAACAUAUUGCUCUAGCUCCAUAUUAUAUGAACGCUAUGCAUACAGUGGAGGAUCCUUUAGAUUUGCUACAGACUGAAGCUCCAAAUUUACAUAAAUUAAUUCUUACAUUAAAUGAAAAUUUGCAGAAUGAUACUAGAAAUGAAUUUUCAAUAAGUUAAUUUAUACAUUUUAUACUAUAAACAAAAUAGAUUUAAGAAAUAUUGGUUGUCAGUAUUGUGUUUUAAUUAUUUUUUCUACUGUACCUAAACUUAUAUUGUAUAUUAAUACUUAAUAAGAUAAUAUUUACAUAAUUUUUAAUAAUAUAUUUGUCUUUUUAUUAAAUAAGAUAUUUAUUUAAGUAGGAAUGUGAAAUUUUUUUACCAAGGCAAAAAUUAAAAUAGAUCCAGCAGCUUUGAUCUUUUUUUUAAUUAUUUCAUUAAUAAUAAAUGUAUUAAGUAUGUACUAUACUUAAAAAGUGAAUUUUAAUUAUUAUUUUUUUUUCCAUAAAUUAGAAAUACAAAUUGUUUUUCUCAUAUAUUCUAUAUAUUUUUAUUUAAUAUUAAUUUAUACUUUAUUAUAAUUCAUAAAUUUAUAAUUUUAAAUUUUUCAUUGUAUUUUAAAAUUAAAAUAACUUUAAGUAAAGGAAUAUUAAUUUACUGAAUUUCUUAAGAUAACUACAGUUUUUUCAUAACUUCACAGGUUUUCUUUUAUUUACAUAUUUAUUAUUAUUUGUAUAAGUCAAUGCCUGAUUUUCUACAGCCAAAAAAAUCAUAAAAGCUUCUAAAUUAUGUUUUUAGACGAGGUUAGGGUCAACCAGUGUUUGACAUAUUUAUAAUUGCUUUUUACACGCUACUCAGGUUACUGACAUGUUUAUAGAAAGGUUAGGUACCACCUUGGUCAUUUGUUAAAUUAAAAUAUAUUGAUAAGAAAAGUUCAAAAUAAAUUUUUAUAUGAAUUUAUUAUUA